AUGGGCAGCCCGGAUGAAAACGGAAGGGUAUAUGUAGGUAAUUUACCUUCUGAAUGUGAUCAAAGAGAAAUCGAAGAGGAAUUUGAAAAGUUUGGCAAGAUAAAACGAUGCGAUGUAAAGAGGGGGGCAAAUGGUUCUUCUUUUGCCUUCGUUGAAUUUGAAGAUCCUAGAGAUGCCAAAGAUGCAAUUAAAGAGAAAGACGGAUAUGAAUUUAAGGGUUCAAGGCUGAGAGUUGAAGUUCCUUUCUCAGAUAGAGGUUAUUCUCGCCGUCGUCCCACCCCCAGAAGAGGGCAUUAUACUGUAGAAGUAUUGGGAUUGCCUCCAUCUGGUAGUUGGCAAGAUUUGAAGGAUCAUAUGAGGGAUGCUGGCGAAUGUGGUCAUGCAGAUGUUUUUAGAGGCGGAGUUGGUGAAGUCUCAUUCUUUUCCAGACGUGACAUGGAUGCUGCUAUUGAAAUGUUUGAUGGAUCGACUUUCAGGUCACAUGAAGGAGAGAAAGCUAAAAUUACUGUCCGUGAAAAGCGUUCAAGGUAUCGAAAUUCCAGUAGAAGUGGUUCUAGACCACGGAGAAGGUAUCGCUCUAGGACUCGUUCUAGAUCGAGAAGUUACAGAUCAAGGACAAGAUCCUUCUCCAGAAGUAGAAGUCAUUCUAGAACUAGGAGUCGUUCUUAUUCUAGAAGAAGAUGA